AUGGACGUGGUGGACUGGCGGAUUUUGCUUCUAUCCUAUUUCGUUGGCAUGGCGAUUCCAGUGUUCAAAGGUCAAGCAAAAGCCGAAGAUGGGGCUGUGGUGUGGGGCAAGUUUGCACGCGACAAGUCUCAUACAUUUCCCGUGAGCGCUCGAAUCGGAUACCUCUGCAAAUACGUACCAGCGUUCAUGUUCAUUGUUUUGCGUAUAACAGUGUUUAACGUCGAGGCGGGAAUUAUGGAGUUCAUGAUGCUCACACAGCAUGGGAAACGAAUAUGCGAGGUCUUGUUUGUUCACGACUUUGGAGGCAGUCCAAUCGAGGAUGGGACCAGCAGCAUUUGUAUCGGGAUGUUCUACAGCUUUGUGGCUUGGGUGUAUUGCCGAGGGGGCGCCAAGGCUGAGGGCCUUGCAUUCUGCUUUGGCGUUUCUCUGUUCUGUGCUGGCAUAGUGGGCAACCUGUACCAUCACAUCUUACUGGCGCGCCUGAGGGACCCGACUUUCAAAGGGCCCUCUGAUGAAUCCGGCAAGUACAAAAUUCCGAUCGGCGGUCUCUUCGAGCUCGUGACUUGUCCGCACUAUUUUUUUGAAUGCAUGUAUUAUUGGGGAGCAGCCAUCACAGCCUUCAACUUGAUCCCUAUGAGUGUGGCCGCCAACACCUCUAUGAUGUUAGCCGGGCAUGCGACGUCGACAACUCGCUGGUAUCAGUCCAAGUUCGGCAAUCAGUGGCCAGAGGAUCGGACACAUAUCGUUCCCUGUGUCUUCUGA